AAUAUUAUUAUCAAUUUAUCUUUAUCAGUGAAAUAAGUCUACCAAAAAGGGAUAUGUUCAGUUAAUGAUUGAAAUCGGCGGCGAAAGGACAGUCUCUGAUUGAAAAUUCAAAGUUCUUCGUUUAUGUACCCAUUAAACAUCAGCGAUACCAGGACGAAAUAAAUAUCCACCUAGAUCUUCCAUCGCCGUACGUUACCUAUUGAGCUUCAUCAGUGAAAGUGAGCGAUGGGCAUCAUGCUAUCCGGGUCCGUCUUUUGAAAAUUCAACAAAGUCACAGUUCCAGAACACGAAAUCCGUGUUCCCCACGGCUAGGAAUACCUGUGCUUGACUUGCGCAUAAUGGAACCCUCGUUUACGCGUUCCUUAUCUAUCCGAUUUCCGAACGGGAAAAUUGAUUCUGGGUAUGGCUUCGUCCCUGAAUGCUCCUCUCCUCUGUUUUCUGAUUCUUUUUCUGCCUUCCGUUUGUGUUUUUGCCCAAACCAGAAAUAGUAAUCUCAGUGUGGGCGAUUCUUUCAUAGCAGGAAAUGGCAACACCCCAUGGGUGGUUUCGCCUUCCGGGGAUUUUGCCUUUGGGUUUCAGCCACUUAAGAAUAGUAACAGCCUCUUCUUGCUCUCGAUCUGGUAUGCCAACAUUCCAAACACAACCAUCGUUUGGUAUGCCAAUGGAGAUAAUCCUGCUCCAAGGGGGUCGAGAGUUCAGGUUACCGCUUCAGAAGGGCUUAAGCUCACUUCUCCUGAUGGUCAGACUCUGUGGACGUCAGAAAAUACCCCGUCUGGUCGUGUUGCUUCUGGUGCGUUGAAUGACUUUGGCAACUUUGUUCUUCAGGAUAGGAGCUCCACCUCUGUCUGGGAGACCUUCAAGGAUCCUAAGGACACCAUGUUGCCCUCCCAGACUUUGGGAAAGGGAGGAAAGCUUUCUUCUCGAAAGUUAGAGGCUGAUUUCGCGCAGGGAAGGUUUCAACUUGUUCUUCAGGAUGAGGGUAAUCUAGUGAUGCAUUCUAUAAACUUACCAUCUGAGUAUGCUAAUGAAAAUUAUUUCGAUAGUAAAACUGUUGAGUCCGAUACAUCAAGUCCUGGAACUCAACUGGUCUUCAACAAAUCUGGAGACUUUUAUGUUUCAAGGGAGAACAAUGAUACAUACACCUUCUCUAACCAGAACAUACCCUCCCAGUCUCAAUUUUAUCUUCGAGUUACUCUCAAUUUUGACGGAGUUCUGACUUUCUAUCAACAUCCUAGGAGGUCCUAUGGUAAUGAAACUUGGACGCCUAUCUGGUCUAAGCCAGAUAAUAUCUGCAGUGCUACGAUCAAAGAAGGAGCAGGCAUUUGCGGAUAUAAUAGCUUUUGCAGAUUGGGUGAAAAUAGCAGGCCAAAUUGUCAGUGCCCGCCCGGUUAUUCCCUUCUAGAUCCUGAAGAUCCAUAUGGUAGUUGUAAACCUGAUUUCAUACAGGGCUGUAAAGAAGAUGAGCUUAGUCAGGGGAAAGAUCUAUAUGACUUUAAGGAGUUGAUAGAUACUGAUUGGCCUCUAUCUGAUUAUGCGCUUCUAAAGCCUUUUACAGAAGAAAAGUGCAAACAGGCCUGUUUGGAAGAUUGCUUUUGUGCGGUUGCCAUUUUUAGAUCAGGUGACAGCUGCUGGAAGAAGCGGUGGCCACUUUCUAAUGGUCGAGUUGACACGAGUCUUAAUUUUGGUAAGGCCUUGAUCAAGGUGAGGAAAGACAAUUCCUCACUAAGUGGUCCUCCUGGUCCUCCAAUCAUCAAACGAAAGAAUCAGGACACUUUGAUAUUGGUGGUCUCUGUUCUCUUGGGUAGCUCUGCCAUUCUUAAUCUCGUAUUAACUGGAGCAUUCUGUCUGGGCUUUUCCUCCAUUUACCAGUUGCGGAAGAAGCUCAAAAGUGUUUACCGAAGUGACAGUGCUGUUGAAACUAAUCUGCGCUGUUUUACUUACAAGGAGCUUGAAGAGGCUACAAAUGGAUUCAAGGAAGAGCUAGGAAGAGGAGCUUUUGGUGUUGUUUAUAAAGGAGCCAUAGUCAUGGGUCCUGCAGUGCCUGUGGCAGUCAAAAGGUUGAACACCUUUCUUUUGCAAGAAACUGAGAAGGAAUUCAAGAAUGAAGUUAAUGUCAUUGGUCAGACCCAUCACAAGAAUUUGGUUCGUUUGCUUGGGUUCUGUGAGGAGGGAAAUGAAAGGCUGCUGGUGUACGAGUGCAUGAGCAAUGGCACAUUAGCAAGCCUUCUUUUCAGGGACUCUAGACCCAAUUGGAACCUACGCCUAAAAAUGGCAUUUGGGAUUGCAAGAGGACUUGUUUAUUUGCAUGAAGAUUGCGGCACCCAGAUCAUCCACUGUGACAUAAAGCCUCAAAACAUUCUCCUUGACGACUACUUUAAUGCUCGUAUCUCUGACUUUGGACUGUCCAAGCUCCUAAACAUGAAUCAGAGCCGAACCCAUACAGCUAUAAGGGGAACAAAAGGGUAUGUUGCACUUGAAUGGUUCAAGAACAUGCCUAUCACGGCUAAAGUAGAUGUCUAUAGUUUUGGUGUAUUGCUGCUGGAGAUUGUCUGUUGCAGAAGAAACGUGGACAUGGAACCAGAGAAUGAGGAGAGAGCAAUCUUAACAGAUUGGGCUUACGACUGCUACACAACAGGUUCUCUAGAAGCUUUGGUUGAGCAAGAUCACGAGGCACUGAAUGACAAGGAGAACCUGGAGAGGUUAGUAAUGGUUGCCAUUUGGUGUACCCAAGAAGACCCAACUGUAAGACCCACCAUGAGAAAAGUUUCUCAGAUGCUUGAAGGAGUUGCUGAAGUGCCUGCUCCACCAUGCCAGAUCGUAAAUAGUGUGACUCGAGAUCACUAUUACUCACCCACUUUGGAGCAUGAUUGACAGUGUGGGAAUUGGCUGGAUCGCUUUAUCUCAUGAUUUUUUUCUAUCUUAUGUGUGAGUUAUAAUUUGUCUUUGUUAGUGUGCUGGUGCCUAGUAACCCCAUCGAUAUAUCCCUUUAGCUUUAGGAAUGGAAAUAUGAUAUCAGUUCACUGUUCGUUUGCUUUAGGUAGAUACAGUGCAUAUGUUGUUGGGUAUUCCUUCAAUUUGCUGAUAUUGAAGGAAGAGAAUAGUAUUACUUGUGCUGCCAUUUUUAUCCACAAAAACAUUCAGAUGAGGCUUAACUUUUUGAA